CGGAGUCCCGAAUAGAAUCCGAUCACUUUCCCGCCUCUUCCGAAGGCUUAUAUGCGGGGUGUCUUUGCUCGACAAAAGGGCCUAGCGUUCUUUUCGAUAGCGUUGUUCGUUGCGUGUUUGUGGAAGUUUAGCCGAUCAAAAAGAAUCAUCCAAAAUGGCUGAAGACGGUGAUGUUGAAAACGAAUUGUUGGAUUACGAAGAAGAGGAAAAUGAAGCACCAGCAGAGGGAGCCCAGGCCAUCAAAGAUCAGGCUAAGAAAGAUGUCAAAGGAACCUAUGUGAGCAUUCACAGUUCUGGUUUCCGAGAUUUUCUUCUCAAGCCUGAACUUCUGCGAGCCAUCGUCGACUGUGGAUUUGAACAUCCAUCGGAAGUCCAACACGAAUGCAUCCCCCAGGCCAUCUUAGGUAUGGAUAUUAUCUGUCAAGCAAAGAGUGGUAUGGGCAAGACCGCUGUGUUUGUCCUUGCAACACUACAACAACUUGAACCAGUGGAUGGCCAGGUUAGCGUACUGGUUAUGUGCCAUACGCGUGAGCUGGCGUUCCAGAUUCACAAGGAGUAUGAGCGGUUUUGUAAGUACAUGAGUAAUAUCAAGAUUGCAGUGUUCUUUGGAGGCAUCAACAUCAAGAAAGACCAACAGACCCUCAAGACCAACUGCCCCCACAUCGUCGUUGGCACUCCUGGUCGCAUACUGGCCUUGACGAGAGAGAAGACGCUGAAUCUCAAGCACGCCAAGCACUUUAUCCUUGACGAAUGCGACAAGAUGCUUGAACAGCUUGACAUGCGUCGAGAUGUUCAAGAAGUAUUCCGCAUGACGCCCCAUGAGAAACAAGUGAUGAUGUUCAGUGCCACACUUCCCAAGGAGAUCCGCUCAGUCUGCAAAAAGUUUAUGCAAGAUCCUAUGGAGGUGUAUGUUGACGACGAGACCAAGCUCACACUUCACGGUCUGCAGCAGUACUAUGUCAAACUGAAAGAUAACGAAAAGAACAGGAAACUAUUUGACCUGCUAGAUUUGCUGGAAUUUAACCAGGUUAUCAUCUUCGUCAAGUCUGUUCAAAGAUGUACAGCCUUGUCCCAUCUUCUCCUCAAACAGAAUUUCCCUGCCAUCUGCAUCCAUCGCGGCAUGAAACAGGAAGAGAGAUUAGCAAGGUAUCAGCAAUUCAAGAAUUUCGAAAAGAGGAUGCUUGUUGCCACCAACCUAUUUGGACGUGGCAUGGAUAUAGAGCGAGUUAACAUCGUCUUUAACUAUGACAUGCCUGAGGACUCUGACACCUACCUCCACAGGGUGGCCAGAGCCGGACGAUUUGGUACCAAGGGACUUGCCAUCACAUUUGUAUCUGAUGAAGCAGAUGCCAAGACACUAAACGAGGUGCAAGACAGAUUUGAAGUCAACGUUGGUGAACUUCCGGACGAGAUAGACAUGUCAUAUGUUGAACAAGCACGCUAAAAGAGACCUUGAAUCACGAACACACAACAAGAAUCAGAUACAAGGAACAAUGCAUAUCAGUCUACAUCUUUGUAUUAUAAACACGCUCAAAGCAUUUCAAGUUUUUGUAUAGUUUGUAAUACAGCGUGUGACUUCGUUUUUAACUACUUUCCUUGGAAUGUAUUGUAAAUUCAAAUAAUCAGAGGCUGAUCAAGUGCUGAGAUGUAUCCCAUUUAUUGGUUUAAUGCCUAACACUAGGAUUUAUUUAAAUUGACUUGCUUGUGAAGCCAGGCACGACCUUGCAGCUCUUAGUAAGCCCUCUGUACUUUUUAGUUCAUGUCUUGUAUUUUUUUUUAUCUUUGUUUGAUAUAAUUUACUCUGCUGAUUGGAAAUGUUAAGUGUUUUAGACAGUAUGUGACAAUAAAAACGUUUUUGUA